AUGCAGUCUGCACAUGAUAAAAAAUUAGAAAAACUGGACCCAUUUUAUAGACGUUCAUUGUCCAAGCAGAAGACCAGUGCAGAAAUCAUCAGUGAAGCACGAAAUGCAUUAAGGACAGUUAGAACUCAAAGACCAUUUACACCACGUGAAGAUCAAAGAAAACUUUUUGGACCUGCAUCUUCAAGGACAGCAGAUAAUAGACCUCCUUCUUCUUUUAGCCUUCAUGCUUCCAGCUUUGAAUCAUCUGAUUCAAGACCAAUUUCUGGUACACGUCUCAGUCCACUAGAGCUUAAACCUAAAGUUCUUGCAUCCCUAUCUAAAGAAGAUGAAGCUUCUAUUUCCUUUCCUAAACCUCCAGUGGACCCCGUGAAGAUUAGAAGAGUAAGCAGUGCCCGUGCACGUUUAUUCAAGGCAUCUUCUCAGGGAAAUCUCCUUCCAGACAAAAUAUUUCAUCUUGAUGAGUCAAAGAAGAAACUGAAAUCUGAGGACAUCAUUAUCACAGGGGAUUCUUCAAUUAAAAUAAAUGGAAUUUGUCUGACAGAAUUAAAUUCCAUUGGUCAUUUUAACAGCCAUAAUCCUCAAUUAACAUAUGAUGGAGAUCUAAAUGAAAACAAUGAACAGGCUAUUUUGAAAGGGAAACUAUCAUCGACAGCAGCCCAUCUCAGAAGUGGAAGUGAUCUGAUGAAAAGACGUGCCAGGGCUUCAUCGUGUCCGGUCAGUACUACCAAGAAUUCAUUGGAAUUAAACAAAGAGGUUCAGAGGAACUUAGAAGAAAUUGAGACAGAACCAGAAACAGAAGAGGAAGAAGCCUUUUGGAGUGCAAAGAUCUUACCAGUGUUACAUGACUUAGAGAAGGAAGACAAUAUUGAAAAUUUUUGUGCUGCCUGCACCCAGCUUCAUCAAGCUUUAGAGGAAGGAAGCAUGCUUGGAAAGAGAUUUAAGAAAAGGAAUAUACUUCUGAAGACCUUAUAUAAACUAGUUGAUGUUGGUUCAGACUUGCUCAGCCUAAAACUUGCAAAAAUUAUUCUAGCUCUUAAAGUAAGUGGAAAGAAUCUUCUCAAUGUCUGCAAACUCAUAUUUAAAAUUAGCAGAAGUGAGAAGAAUGAUUCUCUCAUACAAAACGAUAGUAUUCUUGAUUCAUUGUUGGAGGUGCUGCGAGUGGAAGACCUUCAAACUAAUAAUGAGGCUUUUUUGUACUGCAUGGGGGCUAUUAAAUUCAUUUCUGGGAAUCCAAGAUUUCUUAAUGAAAUGAUCAACAAAGGUGCUGUUGAAAUACUGCUACAUUUGAUGAAGCAGAUAAACGAGAACAUGAGGAUAACUGGGACAUGUUUUUCCAAUUCAGGACACUUGUUAGUCCAGUUGACUGCCACCAUCAGGAAUUUGGUUGAUUUACCAUCAGCAAGGUGUAAGUUGUUGAGCAACAGUGCCCUUCCAGAGCUCUGUGGAGUGAUGGAACAAUAUGCCAAUGAUAAGGAUGUCUGCACCAACGUUGCUAGAAUAUUAAGCAAACUUUCUUCCUAUCACGACUGCUGUGCAGCCUUGGCUGACUAUUCCAGAUGUUAUGCCUUAUUUUUGAGCCUGAUAAACCAAUACGAGAAGAAGCAGGAUUUAGUUGUUCGUAUUGUUUUCAUUCUUGGCAACCUAACUGCAAAAAAUAAUCAAGCCCGGGAACAGUUUGCUAAAGAGAAAGGUUGCAUCAAAACCCUCUUAUCACUAUUCAGUACUUACUAUGAAAUGGAUUUGAAUUCCAUGAAAAGGAUGGUUGAAGAAGAAGAAAAGAACAAGAAACACAAACAGCCUUCUGAGGUGGAAGAUGUCCUUAUAAAAGUGAUCCGAGUGCUGGCCAAUAUAUCCAUUCACCCCACUAUAGGAGCAGCAUUGGCUGCGAACCAGCAAGUAGUGGCGUUACUUGUCACGACACUAGAAUACAAAUCUAUUGAUGAAUGUGAGGAACUGGUAAUUAAUGCUACAGCAACAAUCAACAAUUUGUCUUUCUACCAAGUGAAGAAUUCCAUUAUUCAGGACCGAAAGCUGCGCAUCGCCGAAUUGCUCUUAAAGCUUCUAAUGAGCAGCAACAUGGAUGGAAUCCUGGAGGCUGUGCGAGUCUUUGGCAAUCUUUCCCAGUAUGAUGAGAUUUGUGACUUCAUUGUACAGAAAAAUGUCUACAAAUUCAUGAUUGCAUUGCUGGAUGCUAAGCACCAAGAUGUUUGCUUUUCUGCCUGUGGAGUUCUCUUAAACCUCACUGUUGACAAAGACAAGCGUGUAAUCCUAAAAGAAGGGGGCGGAAUUAAAAAGUUAGUGGAUUGUUUAAGAGAUUUUGGCCCUACAGAUUGGCAGCUGGCCUGCUUGGUUUGUAAAACAUUAUGGAAUUAUAGUGAAAAUGUCCCGAAUCCUUCGUCAUGUUUUGGAGAUGAGGACACAAAUGCACUCUUAGUCUUAUUGUCAUCAUUUUUAGAUGAAGAACUAGCUUUGGAUUAUAGUUUUGACAGAGACUUAAGAGACUAUCACAAACUUUAUUGGGAAACAGAAUUCAAACCUGUGGCACAACAACUUCUUAAACGUAUUCAAAGCCAUCACACCUUCCUUGAACCUCUACCUAUUCCUUCUUUUUAAUAUGGUAAAAGUCUGGUAGGUGAUUAACAAUAUAAAGAUGAAUUCAAGUCGGGUCUUUUCAUAAAAAGUAAUAAAUUCAAACAAUUUUUCAUUCUUAAUAAAUAUUGAACAAUUCAUUGAUCAUAGGGUACUGAUUUUUAGAGAAUAGACUUAAAUAACAAUGAACAGUUCCUACUGUGAUAUAUUAUAAAAAAUGAAUGUAAACUUGUCAUAAACUUUGUUGAUAAAAUACUUUCAUUAUUUUUCUAAUGAAAUGAUUCUCUCUUCUGUUAAGAUUUAAUAGUUAUAGUCUCUCAAAAUUCUACAGCAUACAUUUUGGAAUCUAAAUUCAUGGAUUGUUUUGUUUGUCCAUCCGCUUUUUAUUGGAAUCUAAAUUCUUGACAAUUUAAUUUGUUCAUUCUUGAAUGACAUGUGCAUGGUAGUCUAAACCCCUUUAAAUCUAAAUGUAGUACUAAAAUGGCAAUACAUUUUAAAAUGAACAAGUUAGUGAAUUCACAUUUGAUCUGCUAUCAAUCCACGUUCUGAUAGUGAUUUUGUGGGGAGUAGAAAAAUGUAAGGGAGGGAAAUCAUGUUAGUGUUAAAGUCCAUAAUGAAAAGAAGCUUUGGUUUUGCUACUUCCCUGUCCAAAUCACUAAAUAUUCACAAUGGGGCUGGGUGAACAAAGCCAAUUAUCUUUCCUUUUGGUCCUUAUGUUUACUCACUGCUGCUUUAUAUGGAAUAGGUUUGUUCUGCUAAAAGCUAAAAACAGAAGAGCUAAGACUAAGAUUUUCCCUUUCUUUACAGUGCUAGUCAAAAAAAGUUCCAAGAAAGAGGAAAAAUCAUUUAAUCAAACUUCUUUGAAAAUGAACUUUGAUUCUAGCUUAUUAUUAGUUAUUUCAUCCACAGUUCUGUUAACAAAUUACCGGAGCAGUGGUCUAGAUAUCAAACUCAGGUUUGCAUGGGAAUAUCCUCUCCCGAACUAAACUGGAGCAUGAGGCCUAUUGGAAGGAACCAAAGCUCCGAGUUUUCUCUAGAGAUGAGAACAUACCAGAGCUGGAUCCCAGAGCCAGAAUGGGCUUUUGUGGAGCAUGGAGAGGGACCGUGAAGCGUUUUGGAGGCACACUGAUCUUACAUUGGAACUUAAAUUGUUGGAAGCUUAUUUAGUCUGUGUGCCCAUCCCAAGGAGUUUGAGACGUUGGAGAUGUCAUAUUAUCCUCUAGGUCAAGUUUCUACCUGAAGAUUUUUUAAAAUCAUCUAAUUUUCAAAAAGGGAGUAUAUGUGAAUGGAGGGGGAGGCUAGACUAGAUUAUUUUUAAGAUCCCUCUGACAUUCUCUUCAGUGUAACAGAUAUCAGGUUUUGAGCCUUACUGUACUCUAGUAGAAUAGUACAGCCAAAAUUUUAGCAGCUACUUUGUCCCUUCCAAAAUAUAACAAAGACCAAAGUCUUCACAUGAAAAAGUCUCCUUUAACAAAGAAUCAUUAAAAUAGUACACUAUUUCCAGACAUUUAUUUUCCAAAUUGCAAAAGCUUUGAUAUUCUUAUAGAAUCAUUAUUUUACUGCUUAAGAAUAUCUUGCUAUUAAAUUUCAAGGGAAAAAUCAUGAAAUGAGUGUUAGGCCAGGUUGGGGAAACAGUGGUGGAAAAAUGAGUGUGAAGUUCACUUUUGCUCUCCAUUGACCCUUUUCCCCUAUGCUAUGAAUUGGCAAACUUUGAUAAGAACUAUGAUGAUGAAGGAAAACCUUUCUAUUUAAUAGCACUGAAAAGUGUCUAAACAAUUGAAAGAAUUAAAUUCCUUUGGAAUUUAAAAAAUAGGCUCAGGCAAAGCAGGACUGUCAUUGACAUUUACGCUGAAAAGUUUAACUUUGUCACUCACCUGACUUUGGCCUUAGGACAAUUGGAAAAUUAAGUUUUUCUUAUCUCUUUUCCUUAACCUAAGUUUGUUAUCUAGACCACUGCUCUGGUAAUUUGUUAA